AUGGCUCUCAGGACGUCUCUCGUCAUUGUCGGAGGUCUCUUCGCGACAUGCACCGCCGCGCUCGAAGACAUCCCGUCUCUGGGCCUGGGAACAUGGCUUUCCGAUCGAGACAAGGUCCCUCACGCCGUUGAGUUCGGCCUCCAGAACGGCUACGAUCACAUUGAUGCCGCCUGGAUCUACCGAAACGAGGACCAGACCGGCAAGGGCAUCGCAGCCGCCGCUCUUCCCCGUGACGACAUCUGGGUGACCUCCAAGCUCUGGAACUCGCACCACAGACAAGGCGAGGCCGAGAGCGCCAUCCGUGAGACCCUCGACCGCCUCGGCCUCGACCAGCUGGACCUGUACCUGGUGCACUGGCCCGUGGCGUUCGUGCCCGACAGCACCAAACUCGACACCACGACCACCCUCCUCAACACGUGGCGCACGCUGGAAGGCUUUGUCCGCGCCAACCUGACGCGGCACAUUGGCGUGUCCAACUUUGCGCGCGCCGACGUGGAGGCCAUCCUGGCGGCGUGCGACAUCUGCCCGUACGCCCACGAGUUCGAGACGCACCCGUACCUCCAGCAGCAGGACUUUGUCGACUACCACGCCGACGUCGGCGUCAAGGUCAUCGCGUACUCGCCCUUUGGCAACACGAACCCCAUCUACGACGGCCGCAAAAACCUCGAUCCCUUGCUCAAGGACCCCUUCUGGACCGACCUGGCCGCCAAGAAGAACGCCACACCCGCACAGGUCGUGCUGGCCUGGGGGAUCCAGCGCGGCACUAUCGUCAUCCCCAAGAGCACCUCGGAGGAGCACCUUGCCGAGAAUGUGGCGGCGCGGACCAUCACCUUCACCGACGAGGAGAUGGAGGCGAUUGCUGGGCAGGACAAGAAGGCUCGGUUUAGUAAUCCCAGCAAGAACUGGGGGGUGAAGCUGUUUGCCGACCUGGAUGAUCAUAUUGACCUGGAAGGUGUUGACGAGCUGUAGGCGGUGACAUAUUGAGGUUCUCUUUGUGGAUAUUCUAGCUUCUACAGAUUGGGAAACGAGCUUCUUCUGAGAAAACACUCGGGAUGAACAGGAGUAGUUUGUGUUCAAUAUAGCAUAUGCGGCCGUAAAUUCAUUACUGCUUUACCCA